AUGUCUUUAUCAAAGUAUGCUACCCCAGAAGCUGCAAAUACUGCUAGACUGGCUAUGGUUCUCUUGGGUCCCUGUGCAGAUACACUGAGAGCAAUUCUGAGGAAAGAAGUCUCACCUUCUGACUUGUCCAAUAAAGUCCAAGAUUUUAGAAAUGAUGCGGUAAGGAAUAGGCAAAAAAUUAAGAACCUUAAUUCAGACCAGGAAAAAAUCGUUUUCCCUUUACCAACAAGAAUAUAUAAGGGGGAUUACACAGACUUAGAUAUAUCUUUGUUGUACUACCUCCUACGCAAUCUUUGUAAAACUAUAUCUCCACCUUCGAAAGGCUGGGGAAAUAUUCCAGAUCCCAAUGACAGAAGUGUUGCCGCCAACAUAGAAAGGAUGCGAAUGCUUAGAAAUGAAUGCUAUGGACAUACCACUGAUCUUUCUCUAUCACAAGCAGAAUUUGAACUGAAUUGGCAAAUUAUCUGGGACAUUGUUGUUGAAUUGGAGCAACAUUUAGGUACAACUGUCUAUCAGGACGCGGUCACCAAGAUAAAAACUUGUUCAAUUGAUCCAGAAGAAACGAAAAAAUGCAUUGAUUUACUUGGAAAUUUGGGAGACUUCCAGAAAUCUCUAAACCAUUAUUCAGAAACAACCACAAUGAAAAUAAACAAACAUUGCCAGGAUAUGAGUGAUUUAUAUGUUGAAUUGUCAGCAUUUAAAAGAGCAAAGGAUCUGAUUAAAGCAAACGGUUAUGUUGUUCUUAAGGGCAAUCCAGGAUCAGGAAAAACAACAACAGCCGAACAUCUGAUGAAACAUUUCAUGGAUACCGGGAAAUCCCCAUUGCAGCUUUUCAAGGUUGCAGAUAUAUAUGGACAUGUAGCACCCAGUGAGAAUAAAGUGAUUUUCAUUGAUAAUUUGUUUGGAGAAUUUUCUAUGUGUAAGAAUGAUGUUAACGAAUUCAAAUUGCACAGUGGGAACAUUAAAGUUUUGAUCGAGAAUAGGUCUGACACUGGCUAUGACAAGAAGUCCAACAUUUUAAUAUUGACGAUAAGAAGUGAUAUAUACAUGGAAUAUGUACAUCGUACAAAAAAUGAUGUAUUCCUCCAGUCAUCCUUGAUUGACUUAUCCAGCGGUGAUUACGCAUUGCAAGACGACGAAAUUCGUUUGUUUGCAGAAAAAUACAAUUUGACUCAAUAUUUGAAAGGAGGUAAAACGUUCCACAGACCAAGUGAGAUGUGUUCAUCGAUAGGGUUUCCUCAAUGUUGCAGGUAUGCAAGAGACAAUUCUAAAUUUGAAGAAUAUAUAGAAAACACAUCAGAUUUUUUUCUAAAUCCCCUCCUCCACUUAAGAGAUUACAUGGAAAGACUGAUACAGGAAAGAUCUGCAAAGACUGCUGUUCUUUUGUACAUUCUUCUUCAUGGUGGAAAUGUGGAAUUUAAAUUGAUUGAUAACUUUUACAAGGAUAAAGAGAAAAAAGAAGCUUCCUUAGAUUUACUUGGUUUAACAAACUCAAAUAUGAAUGAGUUUCAGGACAACGUGAAUUGUUUUGAUAAUUUUUUAACAAUUAGGGAUACGAUAGAAAACACCUGUAAAUUUUUUCAUAGCUCUGUUCAAGACUCAAUUUUUAAUGUAUUUAUCAAAUAUAGGCCUAAAGAAAUAAUAGAACAUUGCGAUCACCCACUUCUCCUGAUGUUGACAACGAGUGAAAUUCCUAACACCUCACAAGUAACAAUUGAUAACGAUUUGUUUGAGGUGGUUGCAAUUCGCAUUGCAAAGAUUGUUAGUGAAAAGUCCGUCUCAGGAUAUAUUUCAGUAUCCUUAUUGGAAUUAUGGAGCGAUUCAAAAUUCCAUGACUUCAUUUCUAAGACACAAGAAUGUACAAGUAAUUUUAGGAAUUGUCGUGACUUAAACGGAGAUUCAAUAAUGGUACACUUUGCAAAAGCUGGAAAUAAGAGUUGGGUAGAAUACUUACUGCCGAAUUCAGACAAUACUCAACGAUAUAGAUCACUCAACGCAGCUUGUUUAAAAAAUCAAACUUUUAUCGUUGAUUUUAUUUUAUCGCAAGGGGUGGAGUGUGAUCUGAAAACGUGUUUUAAUGCAGUGCAGAGUGGAAAUUUAAAUUUACUGAUGCAAAUAUGUGAGUCUGUUAAUCUCAAUAACACCAGCGCUUCCUUACAUCCAAUAUGGAGUUGUAUGCGACACAGUUUACUUCAAGAAAUCUGUUACAUGCGACAAACUCACAUCAUAGAACAAGUAUUGGAAAAAUAUCCGUCUCUAGCAAAAAUAAAAAGUGACCAGGGCGCUAAUGCAUUACAUUCCGUAGCAAGUGCUGGAGACAAAGCUAUGUUUGAGCUGUUAUUACAACAUGGUUUGGAUCCAUACGAAAAAGAUACUCAAAAUGGACACACAGUUCUCACGUGUGCAUGUCAAGAAGGAAAAUUAGAAAUGGUGAAAUACCUGAUAGAAAAAUACCCUAUGCUGGUCCAAUACCAUACUGAUAAACAUGGGAAAACGUUGCUGCAUUGGGCUGCUUUCUCUGGACAAAUUGAUAUGUUUGAAUAUAUACUAGAUUUAUUUGAAAAGGAGAAGGUAGUCCCUAUGACAGAUUCUCAAAGACCUAUUGCCAAUAGUAAAAAUAUUUUUGGCGAAACAAUCCUCCAUACCGCGUGUUCAAGUGGCCGGGAAAAUUUGACUAAAUAUUUAAUGAAUCGGUAUCCCCAUCUGUUAAAAGUUAGGGACCUAAGUCGUGAAAAUGUCCUUCAUAAAGCUGCCAGGGGUGGAAGCUUAUCUCUUUUUCAGUUUUUAUUACAUGUAGAUAAAGAUUUAGAAAUUGACGAAAAAACAUAUUUCGGUAGAACCGUGUUGCACAUAUGUUGUCUUGAGGGUAGAACAGACAUCUGUAAAUAUCUUGUCAAUAACUAUUCCCAAAUAUUACAUGUCACUGACUGUUAUGGAUGGACAGUGUUACACGCAGCCUGUCUUGGCGGAAACGUUGAUAUUAUUGACUUCCUGGUCACAAAAGGUAUGGAUAUGCAUGCACUGACAAAGAAAAAAGAAACUGUUCUGUACAUUGCUUGUAGGUAUGGUCAGUAUGCCGUGUGUGAGUACAUAAUACAUAACUAUCCACAAUCGUUAGAUAUCAUGGACGAAACUGUUUCAGUUUUACAUUGUGCUGCCUGGAAAGGCUAUAUUGAUAUCGUUAAGUUGUUGAUUGAGAAAGGAUGGAACGUCAGAUCAGUAACAAGAACCGGGGACACAGUUUUACACCUCUGCUGUCGUAAUAGUCAGCUAGAAAUGUGUCAGUAUUUAAUUAACAAUCAUUCUGAUUUAUUGCCUGAUAGAGAUGUUAAAGGUUGGACAGCGUUACAUUCAGCUUGCAUGGGUGGGAACGAAGAGAUACUUUCUUUUUUGAUAACACAGGGUAUGGAUAUCAAUGAAUUGACAAAGGAUAGUAAAAACGCUCUGCAUAUUGCCUGUCGAUAUGGUAACUAUGCAAUGUGCAAGUACUUAGUCCAGAAUUAUGAAAACUUACUGCAUGGCACAGAUAAGUACGGUUAUUCAGUUUUACAUAGUGCAGUUUUGGGAGGUGAUGUUGACAUCGUAAAGAUGUUGAUUGACAAUGGAGCGAACUUUAGAUCUCUUACAAACAAAGGAGAAACAGUUCUGCAUGUUUGUGCUCUAGAUGGCAAAAUACAAGUAUGCCGGUAUCUUAUCGAGAAUUUUCCUGAUUUAUUGAAAGCCAAGGACCAAAAUGGAUUCACGGUGUUACAUUCAGUUUGCAAGGGUGGAAAUUUAGAAAUGAUUUCUUUACUUAUCACAAAGGGUUUAAACAUUCUUGAAUCGACAAACAAUGGACAAAAUGUUCUCGAAAUUGCUUGUCUUAGAGGUAAGUAUGAUGCAUGUAAAUACUUACUAGAGCAUCACCAACAAUUGCUGAAUGUCACAGACAGAAAGUCUCUCUUACAUAGUACAGUAGUUGCAGGUAAUGUAAAUAUUGUAGAAUUGCUUGUUAAGAAAGGAAUUGGCAUUGGCUCUUUGAACAGCAGUGAAGAGACAGUUUUGCAUGUCUGUUGUCGUAAAGGAAAAAUUAAAAUGAUUAAGUAUUUGGUCAAUAAUUAUAGCAAUUUACUGGCUCUCAAGGACCCUCAUGGGUGGACAGCGUUACAUACAGCUUGCAAACAUGGGAAUCUGAAGGUUGUUUCCUUUCUGAUCAGCAAAGGUACAAAUAUCAAUUCACUGACUAAAUCAGGUCAAACUGUUCUUCAUAUUGCUUGUCUGAAUGGUAAGUUUGAUGUGUGUAAGUAUUUAAUUGAUAACCAUCCACAAUUACUUAAUGUCAAGGAUGAGUGUGGAAAUACUGUAUUACAUGAUGCAGCCUUUGGAGGCAAGGAUAAAUUCGUAAAGUUAUUUAUUGAUAAAGGAAUGAAUGUCAAAACACCCCGAAACAAUGGAGAAACAGUUUUACAUCUUUGUUGUCGUGGGGGUAAACUUGACACUUGUAAGUAUCUGCUCAGUAAGUAUUCCUUUUUACAAGAAAUCACAGAUAAUGAAGGUUGCACGGUAUUACAUUCAGCUUGCAAGAGUGAAAAUGUAGAAAUGAUUCCCUACCUUAUUGCGAAGGGUUUGGAUAUCAAAGCAUUGACAAAAAAUGGUGCAAAUGUUCUCCAUAUUGCUUGUCUUCAUAGCAAUUAUGGAAUAUUUGAAUACUUAUUUAAUAAUUAUCUACAGUUACUGGAUGUCGGCGACAAAUGUGGACGUUCUGUUUUAGAUAAUGCAAUCAUCGGAGGAAACAUUGACAUUGUAAAGAAGUUGAUUGAUAAAGAGCUAUGCGUGAGAUCUGUACGAAAAAACGACGAGACGCUUUUACAUUUUUGUUGUCGUGAAGGUAAAUUAAAAAUGUGUAAGUUUCUUGUCAAUAAGUGUGGUCAUUUGCUUCGUCUUAGGGACCAACAAGGCAAAACCGUGUUACAUUCAGCAUGCGAAGCGGGAAGCGUUGAAACUUGUUCUUUUCUAAUUGAAAAAGGUAUGGAUAUUAAUGCAGUUACAAAUGAACAUCAGAGUGUUCUUCAUGUUGCUUGUCUCAAUGGCCAGUAUGACUUGUGUGAUUUCCUUAUCAAACACUACCCCCAUUUACUGAAUUUUUUGGACAAACGUAGUAGAUCAGUUUUACAUGAUGCAGCCAUGGGUGGUAAUAUUGAUAUUGUUAAGCUUUUGACUGGGAAAUGGGUAGAUGUCAGUCAUGCAGGAAAAGGUGGAGAAACAAUUUCUCAUUUCUGUUGUAGCCAUGAGCAUAUGAAGACAUGUGAGUAUCUUGUCAAUUGCAAUUCAGAUUUACUACAUUUAAGAGACAGUAAAGGUUGGACAGUGUUACAUUCAGCUUGUAAAGGUGGAAAUGUAGAAAUAAUUUCCUAUCUUGUCGCAUAUGAUAUGGAUAUUAAUGAUUUGACAAAUGAUAGAAAAAGUGUACUUCAUAUUGCAUGUCUUCAUCAAAUGUAUGAUGCAUGUGAAUUACUCUUAACACAUUAUCCCCACCUCUUGGAUGUCAAAGACUGUGAUGGUAAUACAGCUUUAGAUUCUUCUUCUAAGGCGGGGGAUAUAGAUAUGGUUUAUUUUCUUAGCCGCAAGAAAAAUGUUAACAAUCUUGCUUAGAAAUUCGGAAGUAUGUUAUAAACUACGGUGAAAGUUUAUAUGAAUUGAUUGGUAUACCAGUUCACUAUUCCAGAAUGUAACCUUUCUAUUAGUGUUAACUUCCAUCGUCAUAAUAGCGUUAGGUUGAUUUAAAAUAUAUUGUGAAAACUAAACAAAAACAAAAUAUCGGAAACAACUACU